AUGGAGGACGUCCGAAAACACGAGGGGUACUCUUUACGUGUCAAAUUAAAGAAACCUGCAGACGAACCACAGAAAAAAGAUGAUAGUAAAUACUAUGCUGGAUGGAGAGAGAAAUUGAAGAAAGAUGGAGCCAAAUUUGAGGCGUACAAAAAAAGAGAUGCUGAAAGCCAUAGGGCAUACAGGAGAAAGAUGACGGCAGCUGAGAGAGCUAUUUAUAACAUGAAAACCAACAUCAGGAUGAGGAAGUACAGAGAACGUAAAAAGGAGGAGGGAAAUAAGGAGUCUGUACAUGCAACAAGAAAACAAGUGCAAAAAUUAAGAGAAUAUUGGAGACAGAAAAAGAAGGAACAGCGAGCUGGAAUGACAGAAGAAAAACGGAAAGAGGAAAAUACAAAAAAGAGACUGAAAUAUCGUGCAUCAAAGAAAAUGUUAAACUUUGAAACUCCAAGCACAGAUGGGAUCAAAAAGGCAACAGAAAGAAUGAAAAUUCCUAAAAAGCCGGAGGUAUUUGCUGAGGUAAUAAAUCGAAUAGUUACACAUUCUACACCGAGAAAAAAACAACUCCUGAAUGACAAAGGUGUCUUUACACCAAAUUCCAAAAAGAAACAUGAAACAAAUGCUAAGAUUGCGGCAAGUGUCAAAUUGAAUUUGAAAAAAUUGAAAGAAAAUCAAACAAAGCGUGGAAGACAGCUAUAUUAUUGGUUGACCCAGAGUCUGGUCGGGAAACAUAUUGUAACCAAGCAGCUGUGUGAAGCUCUCGACUGA